ACCACCACCACCGCUCCGCUCCUUUGAAAGAAACAUUCUGAUAAAGACUCGAAGGUUCACACGUCGUCUGCCAUCCCCUGGGAUCUCACUACAGAACAGCCAGGGCGCUAUGAUUCCCCGUCUGGACGUCUGCUGGGGCUCUAUGGCCUGAUCAACAGGGGAUCCACAAACACCAUCUUCCGUGUCUGUGCGCAGAGCUGGGAAACAGAUCACCCUCUACACAGAGCGCCUGGCCUCAGCCGGUGGGGACUUGAGGGCAAACAUGGCGAUGAAGAGUGUGCUGCCGGUGGUGAUGCUGGGGCUGUCUCUGAUGGGACUCGGAGGGGCAGCCAACAGCGCGCUGGCACAAUCUCAUCACUGCGAGUUCAGAGGAACAUCCCUCUUCUGUAGGAACGAGAUGGUUGAAAAGGUGCCUGAGAACAUCCCCCAAAACACAACCCACAUAACAUUCAAGCAAACCCACAUCAGCAGCUUACCAAAAGAAGCCUUUUCUGAUUUACAACACCUAAACAACAUAUUGAUCACAGAGAAUGGAAAUCUGCAGAGGAUACAUGAUCACUCCUUUGCCAAUCUCCCCAGGCUGGCAGAGAUAAUAAUAACCAAAUCAAAAAACCUUGUCAUCAUUUACAAGGAUGCCUUCUUGAACCUGCCUAAACUGAGACAUUUGUCAAUAUCAAACACUGGACUGAAAAUGCUGCCUGUUUUCUCCGGGAUUAACUCACGUGCGCUGAACUUUGUGCUGGAUAUCCAGGAAAACAUGCACAUUCAGGUCAUCCCUAGCAAUGCGUUCCAGGGACUGAGCACGGACACCAUCACAGAGCUGAGGCUGACUAAAAAUGGCAUCACCAAGGUGGAGAGCUAUGCUUUCAAUGGCACUAAUAUGGGAAGAUUGUCUCUCAGGGGAAACCAAAAGCUGAGCCUCAUCCACAGGGACGCCUUCUUAGGAGCUGACGGUCUUAAUACCCUAGACAUCUCAUACACAAAUGUUGAUGCUCUGCCAGAGGCCAUAUUAAGGACCAUCAAGUUCCUGGUGGCCACCUCUGUGUACUCUAUGAGAAUGCUGCCCAGGGUGGAACUCUUUGCAAACCUCACACAAGUCAACCUCACAUAUCCCAGCCACUGCUGUGCCAUCGCCAACUUCAGAAGGAACCUCACCAACAUCAGUAGGUCAGAGAGGCCCACUUUCUGUGACCACCCCAAUCUCCCUAAAGAAGAGCCAGUCUUCUACAGCCAUCAGUGCCAGAAUAAGACGGAGAUUAUCUGCUAUCCCAAACCAGAUGCCUUCAACCCCUGUGAGAGCAUCAUGGGUCACACCUACCUGCGUGUGCUUAUCUGGAUCAUCUGUGUGCUGGCCAUCGUGGGCAACACCGUGGUGCUCCUGGUCCUCCUGACCAGCCGCUACAAGCUGACCGUGCCCCGCUUCCUUAUGUGCCACCUGGCCUUUGCGGAACUGUGCAUGGGCAUCUACCUAAUGAUCAUCGCUUCAGUGGACAUCUACACUCGAGCAGACUACUUCAACUUUGGCAUCGACUGGCAGAUGGGCAUGGGUUGCCGAGCAGCUGGCUUCUUCACGGUGUUUGCCAGUGAACUGUCAGUCUACACGCUGACAGUCAUCACCCUGGAGCGGUGGCACACCAUAACGUAUGCCAUGCAGCUAGAGCGCAAGCUGCGGAUACGCCACGCGGCCGCUCUGAUGGCAGGUGGCUGGGCGUUCGCCUGGCUGGCGGCGCUGUUCCCGGCGGUGGGCAUCGCCAGCAGCUACAUGAAAGUGAGCAUCUGCCUCCCCAUGGACGUAGAGAGCGCGGCGUCGCAGGCCUACGUGGUGCUGCUGCUGCUGCUGAACGUGGCCGCCUUCAUCGUGGUGUGCGCCUGCUACCUGCGCAUCUACGUCACCGUGCACAACCCCCGGGCCCUGGCCCCACUAACCAGCGCCUCAGACACGCGGCUGGCCAAGCGGAUGGCCGUGCUCAUUUUCACUGACUUCCUGUGCAUGGCGCCCAUAUCCUUCUUUGCUAUCUUGGCGGCCUUCAAGUGGCCGCUGAUCGACGUGCCACAGGCCAAGGUGCUGCUGGUGCUCUUCUAUCCCAUCAACGCGUGCGCAAACCCCUUCCUCUACGCCUUUUUUACUAAAACGUUUAAACGGGACUUCUUUGUGCUGGCCAGUCGCUUUGGCUGGUUUAAAAUGCAGGCGCAGAUUUACCGCACAGAAUCCUCCUCAGUUCAGAACGGUGUCUGGGUGCCCUCUCCGAGGACCAGUGAAACCACUAUCUAUUCCCUGGUCCACAUGACUCAUACAUAUUGACCGGAAACUGGUCUUACUGUGCUCCACCCCAUCACAUGACAUGUCAAUAAUGUUAAAAGUUUUGGAUUUUUGGAUUAAAGGCCUUUCAAAAAGCAAAAACAAUUCACUGGACCAGACAGACCUGUCCAUUUCUCUCAGAACUUUGACUUAAGCAGUAACUUGUGACGACAAUCAUUUUAAGGCCAUUUUUAAAAGUCCAGACCUAGUUUGGACUGGAUAAACUAAGAACACCUUUAUUUUAUUUUAUUUUAUUUUUCAAAAGAGGAACUGAGACACCUGCCUAAAACCCUGUUGUGUAAUUUUACUGAAUGAUGAGGAAAAACAAUACUGGCUUGUUGAUGCUGAUGGCCCAUUUUGUGUUGUAUACUGUAUUUAUGUUUGUAAAGUGCACAUUUAAAUGAGUUGAAUUAUUUGUACAUUAUAACUAAACUGCCUACAGCACUAAAGGCUGCAUAUCUGACAUUUUGAAAUGUGCUUUUAAUGUUAAAUGCUGAUACAUAUGUCAAAGUAAUGAAAUGCAUACACACCAAAAUAUACUAAUUAAAAUA